AAAAAAAAAAAAAAACAAAAAAAAAACAACAAACCAAAACCCAAAACUUGCUGAACUCGUUCCGGGAGGCGCCGGUCGCCGCGCACCGCUCCAUGCGGCGGCGGGGCCGGCGCUGAGCCCCGGGGCCGCGGAGCCAUGGCCAUGGUGGCCGGCGGCUGGGGCGAGCCCAACGGCGGCGGCGGCGGCGGCGGCGGCGGCGGGGAGGAGGCGGCGUCCCCGGCGGGCGGCGGCAGCGACGCGGAGCACGGCGAGGAGGAGCGGGCCGGGGCGGCGGUGGACUGCGUGGUGUGCGGGGACAAGUCCAGCGGGAAACACUACGGCGUCUUCACCUGCGAGGGCUGCAAGAGCUUCUUCAAGCGCAGCAUCCGCAGGAACCUCAGCUACACCUGCAGGUCCAACCGCGACUGCCAGAUCGACCAGCAUCACCGCAACCAAUGCCAGUACUGCCGCCUGAAGAAGUGCUUCCGCGUGGGCAUGAGGAAGGAAGCCGUGCAGCGGGGCCGGAUCCCCCCCACCCACUCCAGCACCAGCCCCAACACCAUGCCCAGCGGGGAAUACUUCAACGGGCAGCCGGUGUCGGAGCUCAUCUCGCAACUGCUGCGGGCUGAGCCGUACCCCGCCGCCCGCUACGGCUCCCAGUACGCCCAGCAGGGCAGCGUCAUGGGCAUCGACAACAUCUGCGAGCUGGCCGCCCGCCUCCUCUUCAGCACGGUGGAAUGGGCCCGGAAUAUCCCCUUCUUUCCCGAGCUGCCCGUCUCCGACCAAGUCGCCCUGCUGCGGCUCAGCUGGAGCGAGCUCUUCGUCCUCAACGCGGCGCAGUCGGCGCUGCCGCUGCACAUGGCCCCGCUGCUGGCCGCCGCCGGCUUCCACGCCUCCCCCAUGUCGGCCGACCGCGUCGUCUCCUUCAUGGACCAGAUCCGCAUCUUCCAGGAUCAGGUGGAGAAGCUCAACCGGCUCCAGGUGGACUCGGCCGAGUACAGCUGCCUCAAAGCCAUCGCGCUCUUCACGCCGGACGCCUGCGGCCUCUCGGACCCGGCGCAUGUGGAGAGCUUGCAGGAGAAGGCGCAGGUGGCCCUGACGGAGUACGUGCGGUCGCAGUACCCCUCGCAGCCCCAGCGGUUCGGCCGGCUCCUGCUGCGGCUGCCGGCUCUCCGGGCCGUGCCGGCCGCCCUCAUCUCCCAACUCUUCUUCAUGAGGCUGGUGGGGAAGACGCCCAUCGAAACACUAAUCAGGGACAUGCUGCUGUCUGGGAGCACCUUCAACUGGCCCUACGGGACGGGGCAGUAGGGGACAGAGCCUCUUCCCCACCCCGGGGACACCCCGGGGACACCCAGCAGCCGGACCCGCAUUCCCUCCAGCGCCCUGAGACGGUGCCAUCCCUGGGGAGCCCCGAACUGUGCCGCCCCCCGGGUCCCGCAGCGCUCUCGGAGCUCGUCCGCCUGCCGCUGCUCCCCUCCCCGCCCCCCCCCCACCCAAAAGCAGGGGGGUCAUGGCGGCGGCGGCGGCGUCCUCAACCCCAAGGUACGGGCUGUGCCACUGCUGUCGGACACCCAACUUUCGUACCCCCGGGAAGCGGAGCUGCCUGGACUCCCCCACCCUGCAUCCCCCAGGGACCUUGGAGCAUCCCCUGGGGCUGGUCCCUUGUUCUGCGCCCCCCCCCCCCCGCCCCCCCCAGCCCCCGUCGGAGCCGGGCUGGAGCCCUGGCGGGGGGGGGGGGACACACCGUCCUCUGGUUGCCCCUCCAAAUCUGAAUUUCAGAUGGCCGGAGGCUCGGACAGGAGGAAUGGGAGCGGGGGGGGCAGGGGGGCUGUGCAGAGCCAUCCUCUGGGGUGUCCUGCUGCGGGACCCCCUGCCUUUACCCACCCCCCCCCCCACCCCCCCCACUCCAAGUCCUGGCAAUGGUGGAAAAAGGGUCAUUUUAAAGCCCCUUUGUGCCCUGCCCAGGGGCUGCCGCGGCCGGGGCCGUAUCCAGCCUCCAGGACUGAAGUGCUGAGCUCGGAGCAGCCCCUUUUUUUUGGGGACCAGGCUCCUCCAUGCCUGGUCCUAGCCGCCACCCCCACAUCCCCCCCCCCCCCGGCACUUUCUGCUGAAGCGUCUCUGCUGUCGGGGCAAGGUGGGGGGGACGCAGGAGGAGAUGGCGGGGGGGACACCGGGGCCAUGCACCGCGCAGGGUGCAAACCAGACGGUCCUUUUUUUUGGGUGCUGCGCAGCACCCAGCCCCCUCCCCGCUGCCUCGCUUGGUGCUUUGACACCCCCCCACCCCCGGGGUCUGGAUCCAGCACCCCCAUGGGGGG